AUGGGGCUAUUGACUAUCUUGCGAAAAGUGAAGGAGAAGGAACGUGAAAUGCGAAUUCUGAUUCUUGGACUGGACAACGCCGGAAAGACGACAUUUGUAAAGCAUUUGAAAGGCGAAGAUGUGCACACCGUAUCGCCCACCCUGGGAUUCGAUAUUGAUACCAUGGAUUUUGACGGAUACCGCUUGAAUAUCUGGGACGUCGGUGGACAGCAGACAAUUCGCGCGUAUUGGAGAAACUAUUUUGAGCAAACUGAUGGCAUUAUAUGGGUAGUCGACUCUGCAGAUACAAGGCGACUGGCUGACUGUCGGAAGGAAUUGGAAGGACUGCUCAAAGAGGAAAGGCUCGCCGGGGCCUCCCUGCUAAUCUUAGCGAACAAGCAAGACUUGGCUGGAGCUCUGAGCCCUGAAGGAAUAGUGGCAGAAUUGGCAUUGAAUGAUGUGAUUGGCCGCAAGAGGCAUUGGCAAGUAUUUCCUUGCUCAGCUUACUCACGAGAAGAGGGCAGCAAAAGCACAACAAAUCUUGCUCAGAGCUUGCAAUGGCUUGUCGAAGACAUUGCUUCGCGGAUAUUCGUCAGCGACUGA